AUGCUACUUCAGCCCUCAGCUCCCAACACCAUCAGGUCCGACAUGAAUCAAUCUGCGUCGAAUCAUGGGCAACAGACUUGGCCAGGGUAGGCCCGGGCCUGUGUGAUCUGCCACUCGAAUCGCUUCAAGAAAUCGCAAGUUAUCUCGCCGGCUCAUAUCGACCAAGUCUUUGCGCCUUCAGUCAGACAAGUAAAGCUUGUCAUCAAGCCAGUACUCUAUUCAUCUUUCAUCAAAUCAAUCUCAGGAUUUGCACCCGUGAGAAACUGCAGAACGAUGUUGACAGUCUCGUCAAGACUCUGGCUCGUACGGACUCCGCCCGCCACGUCCACUCCAUCAGCCUCCGAGGGUUUCUAGAUAUCAAGAAACCAAGAAAUGAGAGGGGGUUCACGGACACCGAUCCUCUGGCCUGGUGGAACAGCCUCCGUGCUGACGAAAUCUUCCCCGAUAAGGAACCAAUCCCUUCUACAGAGUAUUUCGUCUACGAUGAGUCAGUCAUCAGCGAAAAUUCCGACGAGGACAAGGCAUGGGCCCCGUUGGUCAACUUCAUCAAAACAUUGCCAUCUCUGAGAAAGCUCGUAUACAACUGCCCGAACCAGUUCCCACCUAGCCUGUUAUAUACCUUGCAUGAAAACCACCCGCAGUGCGAGCUCUACCACCUCACAUUCCGGCUACGGACUCUCUUGUGGGACACUCCCUAUCCCUACGAAACGGCUCUGGCUACAUCUCCAUGCUUGUACAGCGUCAAGGUCGUCUGCUCCGGCCGGGACUCGGACGGCGACGAUGACUUCAACCAGGAGGCGACGAUGGAGCUCGUUGCUGGUCUUGCGCCCAAUCUCAGGGAGGCCACGAUGAUACACCUCUCCAUAAGCCACAGCAAGUUUACCCGGGACAGAGCCCAGUGGAACGGACUCCCGGGCUUCAUCCCAGGAAUGUCCGGGUCAUUGACCUCCCUGUCGCUCGUGGGGCAGGGGGGACAUUACUGGCGCCCAGAGUACAUCCAGACCUGGGCCAGAUUCACAGACUUUUGCUCCCUGCGCCGCCUCACCAUCGAGGGGCCAGGCCACAGGGGGAUCGACGGCGAGGUGAUGGGGUACAUUGCCAAGAACCACUCCUUCCCUCAGCUGAGGGCCCUCAGCGUCAGUCUGGAACGCCAGGACGCGAGCGUGGAGAGGCCCGACUUCACCGCCAACGCCGUCCCCUUCUUCACGGCAUUCGAGCCCCUCGAGGAGCUCUCGGUAUCCGGCCCGCUCGAGCCCGAGAUCCUGGACGCAAUCCUGCACCGACACGGGCGGACGCUGAAAAGGCUCAUGAUGCGUCCAGACGAGGUCGAAUCCCCCGGGUUCGUCGGCCGAGACCGCAAAGAAAUCCCCAUGACGUUCACCAAGGAGCACAUCCUGCAGAUCCAGGCCGAGUGUCCGGCCCUAGAGGAGCUAGGCGUCCGGAUCAAGCGCAAAAAGUCCAGCGCAGCCGAGGUCUAGAUAUACAGAAGCCUCGCCAAGAUUCGACGCCUAAAGUCCCUCUUCCUCGCCCUGGACUGCUCGGACUGGCGGGUCCACCGGGACAGCUCGUACGACCCUUCCUUUGACGGGGAGGACCGCGACAAGCUGGAGUACGGCUACAUGAAGGGCCAUCUGCGAGAAGCCCUGAUGAACUGCGCGGUGGACGAGACGCUGGCGCGGUCGAUCUGGGGAACGAUCCGCGAGGAGGGCAGGGCCCUCGAGUCCCUCAGGCUGUGGACCACCGGCGCCGGGCAUUUCGGCAAGGGCCAGAAUAACAUGGCCGACGGCUACCUCAACCAUCUGAGUCGCUCGUGGCUGAUUGAGCGAGUCCCCCGCGACGAUGUGGAGAUUCUACACGUCAAGGAACUGUGCCAGUCCGAGAGGGAGGCCAGAGAUGCAUCUGGGUACGGGGCCCGGAGGCCCAAGGAGACGGAGGUAUUUCGCAGUCUUUGGCCCAGCAAGGAGGGGAGCAGGGGCUGGCAAGACGAUUGGUCAAGCAUCCCUCUACAGGUUUAA